AUGUCAACAUUGGAUGACCUCAGCCGAAUGGACGAAUCCUUGGAAAGUCUUGGAAGACUACACUCACGAAUUUUGGGAAUCGAGCCAGAAUAUUUCCAAACGAUGGGCGAAGUGCUAAUCAAGACUUUUAGGGACAGAUUUUCUAACGACAUGGCCGAUGGGUUCUCGCUUGAAACAGAAGAGGCCUGGAUUAAACUGUACUGUUUCCUUGCGAACUCCAUUAUUCAAGGAGGAAUCGAUCCCAUUAUCAAUUACGAGGCGGCUAAAGGCGAACAAAGUUCCCUUACCUCCUCUCAAAUCAAGAAGAAGCAGAGUAGCACAAGUUUGGAUUCAUUAUCGGGAUCCACACUGGCAUCCAAUUCCCUCCCAUUGCCCAAGAAAUCUCAGAGCAUUUCCAAACAAUCGUAUUUGAAUGUCACGAAAAGAAAGCUGCACAAACCAGGGAAUCCGAAGACAGGCGCCAAAUCUUCCGCAGAUUGUAUCAUUAUGUGA